UAGUGGGGGGUGGUGGCGCUGCAGUUAUUAUGAGGACUCAUUAUGGCGCACCUCUUUCCUUGAAAAGAGUCGUCGUUUAGUUAGGCUUCCGGUAAAGGGACGUUUUUAACAUAUAUCUCAGUGCUUGUUAGCAAGGCUGCUCAAAAUGCCGAAGUUUUAUUGUGAUUACUGUGAUACCUACCUUACUCAUGACUCGCCCUCUGUGAGGAAAACACACUGCAGUGGCCGCAAACACAAAGAAAAUGUAAAAGACUACUACCAGAAAUGGAUGGAAGAACAAGCGCAAAGCCUCAUUGACAAAACAACCGCUGCCUUCCAACAAGGGAAGAUGCCCCCAACACCAUUCCCAGGAGCCCCACCUCCAGGGGGUGCCAUGAUCCCUCCACCAAACCUCAAUGGCCCCCCACGUCCAGGGAUGCUACCAACACCCCAGAUGGGUGGUCCUCCAAUGAUGCCCAUGAUGGGUGGAAUGGGACCACCUCCACCUGGAAUGAUGGGUGGUCCAGGUAUGCGACCUCCAAUGGGUGGCCGAAUGCAGAUGAUGCCUGGACAUCACAUGAUGCGACCUCCCGGUCACCCAAUGAUGAUGCGGCCAAUGAUGGCACGGCCAGACCGAUAAACUCUCCCGACUCCCUCAAACACACCAUGGGUUUGUUCCAUAUGAUCAGUAAAUCUUAUUUUCUCACUUAUAAAAUCGGUUUGAUUAGGGAAAUCGAUUGUUGAAUAAGGUGGUCUCAAAUAUAAAAUGUUUGUCUCUGACAAGUGCCACAGUUGCUCACAUGUAGCUAGUUCAUCGUAUAAUCAUUGGUAACUUUGCAUCAGCCUUCUAAGUAGAUUUUAAGGUGAGGAGCAUUACUGAUCCUGUGGAACAAACCUUUUGGCAAAUCCCUCCACUCUACAACUGUUUCUUGGACUUCACUUUACAUAAUACUGUGUUGGUUAUCUUGCCUUUGCUGUACCAUCCAUUUUCCCUGGAUGGAUUUCAUUUUUAUUAUUCUAUAGAUUUUAUAAUGUUCCCUCUGCUUAUUCCCAUUUCCCUACUCAUUGUUAUUUUGGUGUCUUGGCAAGUGCCAAAGACAAAACGGGAAGUUAUGAAAAUGUUGUUGAAUGUGUUUUAUCAUUCACCUAGAGGUGUAUUAUAAGGUCUCCCAUUUUAUUUUGUUGGCAGUACCAGUCAGAUGAGUCAGCAGCAGUUUCUUUUUUACAAUUUUAUGAGCCGUUACUAUUGGCUUUGAAUUUGUUGUAUUACGGUCUAUUAAACGAAAAGCAAAGUUCUCUGUGGUCGUUAAUGUUUUAAUCUCUGAACAACACCGUUGUCAUUUUUUUUAUACCUAGCUCUUCUUUAUAAAUUCAGCAGGGGGCGCCAGAAUGUAAUAUUUGUGACCUAGGCACCUAAACCCAAGGCAGCAUGUUUUUGCUCGCUAUGUCUUAUGGGAAAAAUACUUUUUGACAAAUGACUGUGCAAUCGUAAUGAAUGAGAGAAGGCAGCCAGCUGGGCAUUUCACUGAAGAUAAGAGGGCGUGGAAUGUGAAGAGAUACAAAUAAACAAUUUAGCUAGCGAUCUUAUUCUCCCAAUACCGCUAUGGCAGGAAUAAUAAAAAAACAAAUAUUGAAACAUUUGUCCAGGUUCACCAAGAACCUGUCUCCAGACAAGAUAAACCUGAGCACACUGAAGGGCGAGGGUCAGCUGUCCAACCUGGAGCUGGAUGAGGAGGUGCUGCAGAACAUGCUGGACCUGCCUACCUGGUUGGCUGUCACCCGGGUCUACUGCAACAAGGCUGCAAUCAGGAUACAAUGGACAAAGUUGAAGACCAGCCCCAUCUGCCUGUUCCUGGACAAGGUGGAGGUGGAGAUGAGAACUUGUGAGGAGCCCCGUGCACCAAAUGGCCCCUCCCCUAUUGCCAUCACUGCUGGCCAGAGUGAGUAUGGCUUCGCUGAGAAGGUGGUGGAGGGUAUGUCUGUCAUCAUCAACUCCAUCACCAUCAAGGUGCAGUCCCGUGCCUUUCGCGCCUCCUUCGAGCUCUGGCAGCUCCAGGGUAACAGUCUCAACCCCAAAUGGCAGAAGACUGACCUCCGCUACACCCGCAUCACAGACCCCAAGAGAGGAGAGGUUUUGACGUUUAAGGAGAUCAACUGGCAGAGUCUGCGUAUAGAGGCUGAUGCCAUAGAGAGUGAAGACCAGGACCUGGGCAGUAUCCCACUACGCCUCAUUACCAACCAGGGACGCAUCCGCAUCGCCCUGAAGCGCAGGGUGAAGGACUGUAAUGUUCUGGCCUCGAAGCUGCUCUUCAUUUUGGACGACCUGCUGUGGGUGCUGACGGACUCUCAGCUCAAAGCUGUCAUCCACUACGCCAAGUCCCUGAGUGAGGCCAUGGAGAAGUCUGCCCAGCAGAGGAAGAAUAUGGCUGCAGAGUCUCUACAGACUGCACCCCCAUCCCCUGGUAUCCACAAUCUAUGGACAGACCCUUCACCCCCUCCCAGCGUUGGUGUACCCAGUACCCUGGACCAGUACUUUGAUCAACACGACGUCAAAGAGUCCUCCUACCACACCUUCAUCUCUCGUCUAGACCUGCACAUAUGCAACGACAGCUCCUCAGCAGACCCCGAUGAGCUUCCACCUCCUGGCUCCCAGGGUGCAAUGCAGUUGACCUUCCGCAAGCUGGGUUUUGACUACUACCCCAUCCACCGGCCCGCUGAUGGCUGUCAGCACUGGGAGCGUCACUGUGGAGCAAUGGAGUCCCGAGCCCAGUGGGCUUGCAGACUGCUGCAGGAGUUCCAGAGGAGGGUGGAGGCGUCAGGUAUCCCUGGUCCACAUUCUGAGAUCCCCAACCAGGCCAAGGACUCCCCCGCCAAGAGGGCUCACGAUGGACAGCCCAGCCCCCCUGACAGGGAUCAGAGCUCCAGGAGGAACUCAAUAGCACCUCCUCCCCCGGGGAAUCCUCUGAAGAGGCUCCGCUCUAGCUGUGUGGUGGUACGAAUGGACGACCUUGAUAUCCAUCAGGUGUCUACAGGGGGACGCCACAGCAAGAAGACCCAGUCCUUAAUAUCCUGUAACCGCAAGGCCCUGAACCUAGCAGACAAUAUACCAGCCAUCCACCUGCAAUUCACAGAGUAUUACUUCCCUGACAACCCUGGUUUGCCUGUGCCCAACACUAACCUGUAUGCCCAGCUGAACGGCCUACAGCUGUGCCUAGACCCAGCCAGUCUGCUGUGGGUCAACCUGUUCUCGCGGGGCCUGCUGCGUACCCUGGAGCAGGUCAAAGCCUUCUACCAACUCCAGGACGGCAGCAAGGCAGAGGAGCACGUGGACAUCCGCAUGGACGCAGCACAGAUCAAGUUGAUUAUUCCCCUGGAGUCAUCCAUCAUGGACCACCAAGACAGGCCCCAGUCUCUGAACAUCACUGUUCCCCAGACUGUCCUCAGCAACACCUGCCACUCCCCACACGGCACCCGGGCCGACCUCAACGCCACCUACAGCAGCUUCUCCACCUGCCACUUCUUCCAGUCCCCUCCCCCCUGCUCCUUCCCCCGAGACCAGAGCGCCUUUCUCCCCCUACCCUCUGCCUUCCUCCAGCACUCCCUGGAGAUGGAGCCCCUGCCCUUUUCUGAGAUGAGGCCCCUCCGGGCCAAGGACGUCUGGUCCCUAAGUCUCUCCCGCCUGUCCGUGAGCUUCGAGGGGGCACGGAAAAGCAACAAGGGCAGAGCUCACCCCUUCGUGGAGCCUUUCACCAUGUCUGUGUGGAUAUGUCGUCCAUGUGCGUUUAAGGGCUGUUCCCUGGUCUCCUCUCCCAGUGAACCAGCUCCUGUAGAUCCCAACCAUGGAUCCUUAGAGCAGGAGAACCAGCUCCCUUCCAACCCUGACCACCACAACCAGGACAGUAAAAAGGAGGCUCCAGUGGCCUCUAUUCACUUCCUGGCCCAGGCCAUCACACCGGUCAAAGUGUGGCUCAACCACUACCAGUAUGUGGCCCUGCUGCGGAUGAAGGACACCCUGGCCAGGCUGGGGGGCGAACUGGGCCGGGACACCAGGGACGCUAAGCAGGCCAGGGGCCAGGAGUCUGAGCCCCCUACGAUGUGCCUAGCCCUCCUAAUGGACUCAGUGGAGCUGGGGCUCCUGCUACCACCUGCAGCCAUGGAGCCAGAGGAGGAGGAGGCCCACACCCCAGGAUCUGAAAGCCCCAGCCUGACAGACUCCGACCUCUCCCCCACUCACCAGGCUACAUCGCCAGGCCCUCUUGAGGACAGUGGGAUAGGAAAUGGUACUGCCACCGUCAACAGCUCUCCUCCCAUUGAGCAGGAAGUGGAUGGUGUGGUAGAGGAGGCCAGCGAGGCAGUAGAGGUCAUGGAGGGGGAGACAACCCAGGAGGAUGGUCCUGUCGCCUCUCCUCCCUUCUCCCCUGAACACCAUCCCUCCCUCCUGUCUAGGGACCCCUCUACCUUCAGCCUGGAGGAAGAGCUGUCCAACGCCCUCACCGCCACCAAGGACGUCACCAAAGAUGCCUUUAGUGCCUCCCUGGACCUGACUAAAGGGGCGUUCUCCAUAACAAAAGAUGCCUUCAGCUUCAUGAGUCGCGGGUCAGGGAUGAGCAAGCUGUUCACUACACAGGCCAAGGAGCAGCGCCCCGAGGAGGGAUGCCCUAUGGCCAGUUUGCGGCUCCAGUCCAUGAAGCUGUCUCUCUCACAGUACUCAUUUGACAGCGCCAUCCUGGACGGAAGCCUGCCCGACGACCACCUCUCAGUGGACAGCGACUCUAGUGACAACAUUCUCAUGGAUGAGUCAGGAGUAGAGUCCAUGAUGCGACCCAACAGCACCCUUGGGCCCAUGGACAGUGGAGGCAGCGCUGCCCCGGGGACAGAGGGAGGGUCAUCAGCCGACCUGAGCAGCUCCCUGUCCCAGAGCAUUGAGGACAUCACACAGGACACAGCCUCUGUGUUGUUGCUGGUGCUCAGUGGUAUUGCCUGUGUGGCGGACCUGAAGGGAGAGGACCUGGUGGUGGCAGUGGAGGUCCAGCAUCUCACCUCCAGACAGAUGGGCAACGUAAGGGUCUCUGACCUGCUGGCCAGACAAAUGUCAGGUGGGUCCACCCUGGGACAGAGACAGGGCUGCAGGUCAGCUCCAGUGGUGGGCAUGCGAAUAGAGAUGGGUCCCUCUGCAGCACGGCACGGUCCCCUCUCUGCGUUGGUAGGUCACCUGGAGCUGAGUGUGCAGGGCUGUCGGGCGGAGCUCCUGGCCUCCACCCUGGCUACCCUGGGGCCCUUCCUGGAGGAUGAGCUCAGUGCUGAUGUCCAGCCCAUGAAGAUCCGCCUGGACAAUAUCACCAUCACUCUGAAGGAUGAUGGUCCCAAGAUCUACCCGACGGCCCCCCAGCCCCAACCUGCCACCUUUACCAUAGACCAGGUGGUUCUGGAGCGCUCUGAUGAUGGCUUGUUUAGAAUCAAAGGUGGUGCAGGCCCAGACUCUGCAGGUGGUGCUGUGGUAUGUUUGGAGAAACCAGACAGUUCUUGUUCUGUCCAACCACAGCAGAGCACGAGUCCAUCCCAGAGUCCAUCCCUGGGGUCCCAGCUAUUGGAGGCUCAGUUGGCCCUCUCUCAAGCCCUCACUGACCGAGAACGUCUCCUCCUGGAGGUCAGGAAGUACGACCCCAUGUUUGACCUGUGACCGCUUUACUCCGCCGACCAGCAGAGGGCAAUAUACUGACACUGCGUCAAUAAGGGAGUAAAGGAACUGAAUGAAAUGUCUGGACCCAGGCAUAUGACAAUUUGUAAACAACAAAGAUGAGCACCCAAUGGUGGAAUCCACCCUGGUAGUUCGAAAGCUCAAGCUCUUGUAAUGAAUUGUACAAACAGUGUGUCACUUCCAGAGAACACAUAGGGGGCCCUUGUAUUAACAAGAAGCCCCACUGAAGUCACUCUUUACACUCUGAGGUACAUAACAGGUACUAGUUUCAUCUGACAAUCUAAGCGUGUUCCCUUCUGCUGUACAAAGGCAGUUUUAAUUUAAACCACCAUAGAGAAUAGUUAACUCAUUGUUGGGCUGCAACUCAAUGGCCAUGUAUCUUUGAUUUUAAGAACACAUGCCAAAAUGUGUCUUAUAAACUGGGUGGUUAAAGCCCGGAAUGCUGAUUGGCUGACGGCCGUGGUAUAUCAGAUCGCAUACCACGGGUAUGACAAAACAUGUAUUUUUACUCCUCUAAUUACGUUGAUAACCAGUUUAUAAUAGCAGUAAGGCACCUCGGGGGUUUGUGGUAUAUGGCCAAUGUGUUGUGCAUAAGUACAGCCCUUAGCCGUGGUAUAUUGGCCAUAUACCACACCAAUUGUGCCGUAUUGCUUAAUUAUAUGCACUGUGUCUUAUAUGCCAGAGAACAGUCAGAGUUGUAAUUGAUGUCUGUUGAUUAUAUGUUUUCCUGUACAAAUCACUGUCAGGCAUGCUGUGUGAAGAUCACUAGUGUUUUCGGAAUCUUGGUGUGUGGGUUUACAAACAUCCACAAAGCUUCAAAGAUAAAACUGUUUGUCAAUGUUAAGUAGGUCCUGUCCAUAGUUGUACAUAACUGUAGGUCUGUAUAGUUAGGAGCUGGUAUCUUAGAUGCAUUACUGUAACCAUUGUUUAGAACCAUAGUGUAUUAAAUAGAAAAGUAGGGAAAGAAAAGCACUUUGACUUCAAGCAGUACUGCACUGUAUCCAUGGAGCUCCUGUGAAUGGGAGCACAAGACAAACCUGCAUAUCUAUCCCUUUGAUUGAUUGGUUGUGUAUCAGAGGGUAGGGCAAGCUGUCUCCACACUGUUCAGACUUUUUCAGACACCAGGUCAUUCCCCAGUGUUAUCUUUGCAUCAUAAAAAAAGUAUCACAUUUUGUGACUGUAAAACUA